UACCCCUCCGCUAUUCUCCGCCCUGUUGGGGCUUUUCUAUCUAUCAAAUCAUCUCAAAACCCUAACCCUAUUUUUCCCCUCCGAUCAAUGGAGCAAGAAGCCGUCGAUGCCGCCGUUGAGAUCCCCGCCGAUCCUUCUCCGGCGCCGCCGAAUGAUCCGGCGCUCACGUGGAGUUUGUCAUCCAGCCGGCUUAAUGCUCGGGCGCCGGAGUUCGUGCCCCGGUCAGCGCCGCCGAUGGUGAAGAUUCAUCAUCAUGGCCCGCCGCCGCCUCCUCAAGCGAUGAUCCAUGUUUACCAUGCUCCUGCGUCGAGUCCACCGCCGUUUAUUGCGCCGGUGGUCAAUCCUGGAACUUUUGAAUAUUUUGUUGGAGGGGGCUUUGGUGGUGAGCAGGAAGUGGUGCAGUCAGCGGCUUCGGCAGAUCCAGAUCCGCCUCCGUCGGUCAGAGAUGGGCUUUCAGAUGAGGCUGUUCAGAAGAUCACUAAGCAGGUUGAAUACUACUUCAGUGAUGCAAAUCUAGCGACAACUGAGCAUUUGAUGAGAUUCAUUAGUAAAGAUCCAGAGGGAUUUGUGCCAAUGCCUGUUAUUGCAUCUUUUAAGAAGAUAAAAGCUUUGGUUCAUAACAAUUCCCUACUUGCUGAUGCGCUCCGUAAGUCAUUAAAGCUGGUUGUUAGUGAAGAUGGAAAGAAAGUAAGAAGGCAACAGCCAAUUACUGAGACAGAUGUGGAAGAAUUACAGUCACGAAUUGUUGUUGCUGAAAACCUACCUGAGGAUCAUUGUUAUCAAAGCCUUAUGAAGAUUUUCUCUGCUGUAGGAAGUGUGAAGUCUAUUCGUACUUGUUAUCCUCAAACUUCAAAUGGUACAAGUGCUCCAGCUAAUAGAGCAACAAAGAUGGAUAUGCUUUUUGGUAACAGGUUGCAUGCUUUUGUGGAGUAUGAGACUAGUGAGGAUGCGGAAAAAGCUGUUUCUGAACUCAAUGAUGAAAGGAACUGGAGGAGUGGGCUCAGAGUUCGUCUGUUGCAUAGAUGCAUGAGUAAGCACGGAACAGUUCGAGGAAGAAAAGGAGGGCAUGAAGGUGAUGGGAAUGGUGAGGAGGAGGACGUUUCCACAUCUAACCAGGCUCAGGAGAAACAGACUGAUGAUUUAUCCCUGCCUUCUGAUACUACAACAGAACAUGUGGGUGAGGAGGUUAAUGAUAAGGAGGACGUGGUUAGGCGGGCCAAGGGCCGUGGCAGGGGAGGAAGGGGGCGGGGACGGGGCCACCACCACAAUAACCACCACCACAAUAAUAACAAGACCGGAGGCCACGCAAUCGGCACUCCACCUUCAAGUCAUCCAAUCCAACCUGAGCAGCCGGCCAUUGCCAAGCAACCUCCCGGGCCCCGAAUGCCAGAUGGUACUAGGGGAUUUACCAUCGGCCGUGGGAAGCCCGUCGCCCCUCCUACUUGCGGUUGAUGGCUUACCAACCCUAAAAUCUAUACGGCUUCUACGCUGUGUAAGGUGAAGUUUAUUUUUUUGUGGGCAUUAUUGUUUAAAAUAGAUUGCCGAUGAAAUCUUGGUGUUCUUGUACUCAGUGGGACUUUACAUAAUCUUCAAUGCUUAAAAAAGUUUUGAUGUAAAGAACUAUGGUGAGCUACUUUUGUGUGUAUGUAAACAAAGUUGUCAAGACUCAUGUGUUGAUUCCUGUUAUUACCAUGCAGGUGGCUUUGUACUUGUCA